AAUUGCCUUUCCUCCUUCCCAUUAAUCUCUUAGAACUCACCUCCAAAAGCCAAGAGUCAGCCAACAAACACAACAAAGUUAAGAAUUAGUCUCUUCUGUUCUCUCCAAUAUGAGCCAUGGUGAAGAGAUUGCUUAUGAUGCAGUCAUGGCCAUGCUAUCUUUUUCUCUCAUCAUCCUCUCUGUCAUCCUCUUCUGUCUGUGGAAGAAGAAGCCAGUUGACGAUCAUUAUGAAGAAAUAAUGGCUGCCAAGGCUUGUGCAUCGCCGUACUCGCUGAUGGAUAUUGAUGCUGCCACUGAUGGCUUCAACCGCAGAAGAAUCAUAGGCCAAGGCCGACUCGGGACCGUGUACGCGGCUGUGUUACCCAACGGGGAGCUUGUUGCUGUGAAGAGGAUCCAUCCUAGGCUUGUUUUGAGCAAUGCCGCUAGUUUCGGGUUUUCUUCGAUGCUCAAAUGGCUUUCCCUGGCCCACCACCCCAACAUAGUCCCCAUUCUAGGAUUUUCAGAGGCGCCGGCUGAGAGAAUUUUCGUAAUGGAGUUUGUGAGCAUGGUGAAUUUGGACUAUUAUCUGCACCAAAAUUCUGAUGCUGCAUCCUUGCUAGACUGGGGCCGGCGCCUGAGGAUAGCUGCCGGGGUGGCUCGGGGGGUCGAGUACUUGCAUGAAGUGGCGGCGCCACCCAUACUACAUGGCUGCAUCAAGCCCUCAAAUAUACUAGUAGAUGUGAAAUUUGUUGCCAAAUUAUGUGACUACGGGCUAUCUUCACUGGCAUCCCAAGAAAGGAGAGGGCUCGAAGGGUACGUGGAUGAAGAGUAUUGGGCUGCUGCAGGGAGGAGAGGUGCUUCCAAGGAAUCGGAUGUUUAUGGAUUUGGGGUGGUUUUGCUGGAGCUUUUGAGUGGGAGAUGCAGUGAAGGUGGUUUGCUUGCCAACUGGGCAUUGCCUUUGAUAAAAGAAAUGAAGUUAGGUGAACUUUUGGACCCAAGACUUGUCAUUCCCUCUGAUAUGAAACCUCUUGUAAGAUUGGCCAAGGUUGCAUCAGCUUGUGUUGGCAAUUGCAGAAAGAAUAGGCCUUCCAUUGUUCAAGUAGCUGCUAUUUUGAAUAAUUUGGAGAUGGGAGUAAUGGGUAUCUAGCUAGUUAUAUGUAUGGAUAUCUAAAAUCAAUGAGCCAAUGAUCAGUCAAUAUUGCCUGCUAUUCUCAUUCAAUAUAUGGGUGUUAUAUAUUGGUGCUUCUAGCCCUGACCAUCUCAUCGAUGAUCACUUCCAAAGACGAGUUCUUGAUGCCCAAAUCAAAACGUUGGUGUUUUGGUCAGUUGGAAAUCAUAUUGAAGAAGCUUCAAAGUGCAUGCCUUGUAUAAAUUUUUAUGCACAAUAUGCUUUCAAAAUGACAUGACAGCUAGCUGUGACAAUUUUCUAACUAACUUUAGUACGUAUUUUCUUUUUCUU